AUGGCCGUGUGCCAGCGUGGCAGACGUAACCUGCAACACCCCCGUAAGGGUCGGCUCUGCAGAGACGGGAAAUCGGCUGGAAGCAGCAUGCUGCUGCUGGCUCUCCUGCUCCUGGUGCCGCCGGGCCCCGCCGGGUGCCCCAGGACCGAGCCCCUGAGCGGGUCCAGCGACGAGCCCCUCUUCCGCGGCGCGGAUCGCUACGACUUCGCCGUCAUCGUCCCCGCCGGCGCCGCCGAGUGCUUCUGGCAGUUUGCGCACCAGAGCGGCAACUUCUUCUUCAGCUACGAGGUCCAGCGGGCGACGGGCUUCGCCAACAGCAGGAUCAUCCUGGCCACAGCGAGCGACCCCAACGGCUUCCAGAUCGGCGCUUCCCAGGACGUGCGAGGACAGAUCAACUUCCCCACCAGGGAGACAGGUUUCUACCAGCUGUGCCUGGACAACCAGCAUAACCACUUCGGCUUCAUGCAGGUGUACCUCAACUUUGGUGUCUACUACGAUGGCUUCAACGUGGAGAGGGAGCAGCCAGCAGAGAGGAGGCAGCUGAAUGACACCUUGGAGGCCAUCGGGGUCAGCAUUCACAAGCUGCAGCUCCACAUCUUCCACAUGUGGCGGUUCUACAACUUUGCCCGGAUGAGGAAAGGGGCCGACUCCUUCCUGCUCGAGUCCAACUACCACUACGUCAACUGCUGGUCGAUGGCGCAGAGCUGUGUCAUUGUCCUCUCGGGGGUCCUGCAGCUUUACUUCUUGAAGCGUCUCUUCAACGUGCAGGGCUCCAGCAAGCCGAGGUGCUGACAGCGCCCCGACGGGAGCGGCGCUCAGCCUGCCUCUGCCCGCAGCACUGGGACCGAGCUGCAUCAGCCCCUCCUGCUGCGUGCUGAGAGGGGGGAGAGCCUGGAUCCUGCGCUGGGAGGUGGCGCGGCUGGAAGCAGAGCUCACCCAGCCUCUAGCUCCAGCCCUGCCUUAACUGAAGUUACCUCCUAACCAAAAUAAACAAAACACCCCUU